AUGGCGAGUUCGGAAUCAAACAAGCCAAAGCUGCCCACAUGGCUCCAGCUACAGAUUGCGGCCAACUCCAUCUUCCGGAGGUCGCGCACGGCCAACGAGAUUGCGGCCAUGAGGUUUGUACGCAAUAACACCACCAUCCCCGUGCCCCGGCUUGUGGAUGUAGACCUGGACAAGAUGCUCCACACGCUGAGCGACGAGAACAUUGCGACCAUCGCGGAGGAACUAGCCGGCUACGUCACGCAGCUACAGCAGUUGGACACGGACAAGGACGUGGCCUCGGACGGCAAGAUCACGGGCAUCAUCGACUGGCAGUUUGCCGGCUGGUACCCCCAGUACUGGGAAUACGUCAAGCUCCAGACAACCUUGCACACGUCAAACUCACCCAGCACGGUCAAGUGGCUGCGGGCCGUCAACAAGGCGUUCCAGAAGUACGAGCUCGAGGCCGAAGCUUCAAAGAGAAUUUUUGAAAGGGGGGGGAUCAGUCCCGACGGUGAACGUGAUAGCCGUGCGAAGAUGCUCAGUAGACUGAAAUAG